CUUCUUUGUCUAAUCUGUGGUUAAGGAAAUAAAAAUGGAGGAAUAAAAUUUUGAACACCUUUUCCAUAACCUCACAUUUUGAAAGUGUUCAUGAAAUGUGUACUUCACAUUAGAAAAAUAAUUGUUACAUUUACUAAAUCCCUAAUAACAAAAUUAUGCAUCACAGUAAAAAACUGCUAACACCGAUAUCCUCUAUGCUCCGAGCAAAUCAAGGAAUUCUAAGAUUAUCGGUCAGAGAAUUUCGCUAUGGAGAGUGUUGUUAUUCGAAGGACGUUAAACGGACGUCUUUUCUAUCGAGACUGUACGAAAAUUUUCAAGAAGAAAUGGCCAAAAAUAAAGAAAUGAAGGAAUCACUAAAGAAGUUUCGUCAUGAGGCUGAUAAAUUAGAACACAGUGAUGCAUUAAAGGCUGCCCGUCAGAAAUUCGAAGCGGUUGAAAAGGAAGCUAGCAAAAGUACUGAGGUUAUCAAAGAGAAAAUUAGUUCAAUUAAGGACAAGGUUCAAGAUGUGAUAGAAGAAGCGGGAAAGUCUGAUUUAGCAAAAAAGGCUGGGAAAUUUACCGAAGAUUUAAGUAAAAACGUAACCUCUAGUAUUUCAGAAAAGGCUCAGGAGAUAGGAAAGACUGCAGCUUUUCAAAGUAUUUCACAAGCGACUAAGGCGGUGCAGAAGGAAAUCGAUACGACUAGCAUGUAUGGUAGGGUUUAUCAAAGUCCGCAAGUUCUAAGGAAACGUACUGAGGCUGUGGCUACUCAUGUAAAUAAAUUUUAUGAGCCAGAUACAGAAACGACGGGAAUUGAAUUGCACAAAGAUUCAAAGUUUUAUGAAUCCUGGCAAAAUUUUAAAAAUAACAAUCCUUACGUGCAUAAAGUGAUGGACUGGAAGAUGAAAUAUGAUGAAAGCAAUAAUCCCGUAAUCAGAGCAUCUCGUUUAUUGACUGAUAAAGUGAGUGAAAUUGUCGGAGGCAUGUUUCAGAAGACAGAAUUAUCAGAGACUUUAACCGAAAUUUGUAAAAUUGACCCAAGUUUUGAACAAAAACGUUUUCUGAAACAGUGUGAAACUGAUAUUAUUCCAAAUGUUUUAGAGGCAAUGUCUAGGGGUGAUUUAGAAAUUUUAAAAGAUUGGUGCCACGAAGGACCGUAUAAUUUAUUUGCUGUGCCGUUUAAACAGGCCCUACAGAAGGGUCACUCGAUAAAAUCUAAAAUUUUAGAUAUUGACCAUGUCGAUUUAGCUAUGGGGAAAGUAAUGGAGCAAGGUCCGGUACUUAUUAUCACAUUUACAUCUCAACAGAUAAUGGUUGUAUAUGACAUUAGUGGCAAUGUGGUGGAAGGAGAUCCAAACAAAGUAAUGCGAACGUCUCACGUUUGGGUAUUAUGUAGAGAUCCCACAGAACCAAAUCCAAAAGCUGCGUGGAGACUGUUGGAUCUUUCCGCCCAUAGUAGUGAACAACUCGUCUAAAUUUGUGCUACCUAAAAAGUGCAAUUAACUUGGUUAAAUAAUUGUUUCCGGCUUCCUUUAACCGAAGAUAAUUUACUAGGUGAAAUUAGACAGUUUAAAAAUUUUGUAUAAAGUACAAUUGUUGAUCUUUGAUACAUCUUUUAAUUGUAAUGGAAUAAGCGAAUUCAUCUUUACUAUUUCAAAUUCGUUUGUUGCUAAACAUGUACAAAUUGUGAAGUAAAAUACUAUUUAUUCA